UUACAACUUACUGGAGAGAAUUGUCUACUCUAUUUAAGAGAUUACUCAAACUACCUGAUUUCUCAUGUUCAUAUUUAUGUUUACCUAUGGUCUUUGGGUCAAGUUUGCAAGUGACUUGAGCAAAGUCUACUUCAGGCAAAUGUGACUACCUAUACUCCAACUAUAGGUACAAGGGCAUAGCGAUUAGCGAGCAGCCGAGCACAAAAGAGGAAUUGAAUGUGUCUUUAUGAAGAAUGAAGUCGAGUCUUAGAAAGAAGAGUGGUGUGAGAACGUUGUGUGAAAUAAAAAAAGAUAGGAAAGCAACUGAGUGCAAGACAAAAAAGGCAAAAGGUUUAGACAAGCCAAACAAAGAAAGAUAUGAAAGUUGGAAGAAAUAAUAUCACUUUACUCAGUGGUCUCGGGUUUGGAUAUCCCGUACAGAGUCAUCUUUGAUAGUAAGUGCAACCCCCUUACCCCAUGUGUGCAUGAUGCCAGAAAAUAAAGAUAGAAGUAGAAAACCCCCAAAUCAUAACCCAAUCAAUGCAUGAAGAAGGGAUGCAAAACCAAAUGGACAGGGGAGUGGUUUGGAAAUGGAAAAAUCAUGCAUGCAAAACAAGUCUUUUAAAAGUGACUACUUUACCUCUCUUUCAAAUGUCUAAUACACCAUAUUUUCUAGUAAUGGCAACCAUUUUAACCUUCAUUGCCCUCUCUUUUAUCACUACAUGGGUGCCCUUACUGGCAAAUGCAAAAAUCUUCAUGGUUCUAAUGAAAGAUGACCCUUUUGUAUCUACAGAAUCAAAGAAUUUGGAAGAUGUUAAUAUCUACAAAGAGAGGAUGAGAAGACAACAUGACAUGCUUCUAGGAUCUCUUCUAGAAAAAAGUGUUUAUACCAAAGUUUACAGCUAUACUCAUUUGAUAAAUGGAUUUGCCAUUCAUUUGACAUCUGAUGAGUAUUAUAUUGCUGCAGGCCCUUGAUGUUCUGCGGAAUGUAGAAGGUGUUAGAGCCAUUUAUGAAGAUGUAAAGAUGAAGAAGCUGACAACGCAUACACCUGACUUUUUAGGACUUCCUGUUGGUGUCUGGCCUAAGUUAGGUGGCCCUACGACUUCAGGGGCAGGCGUUGUGAUUGGUAUGAUUGAUACUGGAAUCAAUCCGUUCCAUCCUAGCUUUUUGGCUCAAGCAUCAAAUGGUGCUGGCCGUGGAACAAUUGUGAAAAGUGGAAAAUUCAAAGGGAAGUGUGUGACUGGAGAUAGAUUCCCCGAAACAGCCUGCAAUAGCAAGAUAGUUGGAGCACAAUAUUUUGCAAGAGCUGCAACUGCCGCUGGCGAAUUUAAUGCCUCUCGUGACUAUGCUUCCCCUUUUGAUGCUGAUGGACAUGGAAGCCAUACAGCAUCAACUGCAGCAGGAAAUCAUCAGGUUCCUGUCAUUGUCAACCAUUUCAACUAUGGUUACGCAAGUGGUAUGGCUCCAGGAGCAGGGAUUGCUGUGUAUAAGGCCAUGUAUUCUUUCGGAGGUUUUAUGUCAGAUGUUGUGGCUGCAGUAGAUCAGGCAGUAGAAGAUGGAGUGGAUAUACUUAGCCUUUCUGUAGGGCCAGCUAGUGUUCCUACUGGCCCUUCUGCUUUCCUCAAUGUUCUGGAAAUGCAGCUUUUAUUUGCAACAAGAGCUGGUGUGUUGGUUGUUCAAGCUGCUGGAAAUGGCGGUCCUUCUUCAACUUCCAUUCUUUCCUUCAGUCCCUGGAUCACAAGUGUUGCUGCCUCCACUACGGAUCGUAGAUAUAAUAAUUCAAUUGUUCUAGGCAAUGGACAAAGCUUCUCUGGCAGUGGACUUUCGCCCCCAACCCUUUCAGAAGUGCAUUUCCCACUUGCUGCUGCAUCUGAUGUUUGUAAAGGGAACACUUCUUCUGCUCUAUUGACAGUUGAGAGCUGCCAGGAGACAGAACCAUUCAUUCGAACAUUAGUGCAGGGGAAGAUAGUAAUAUGCACAUAUACAUUUGAUUUUGAAUCAGAGGCAGCAAGCAUAGCCACUGUUGCUGAUACAAUACAAGAAGUCGGGGCAGCUGGCUUUGUACUGACAAUGGACCCUGAUAUUAGUUCUGAAAAAAUUAAGGGAGCUACAAUGACUUUGACAGUACCUGGUCUAAUCCUGAACAGCAUGGAAGCCUCUACGGCUUUGCGUGAAUACUAUAACUCGAACACAUUAAGAAGUAGAAGUGGAAGGGCUAUUAGUUUCAGAGCUACAGCAAAAAUUUUAGACGGGAGACAAGCUAGUUAUAACAGUCAGGAUCCGUUUGUGGCAUCAUAUUCAUCUAGAGGUCCUGAUGUGAACAAUGCACUCUUAGACACUGCUGAUGUCCUUAAACCAAACAUCAUGGCUCCAGGAUCCUCGAUAUGGGCAUCUUGGAGCCCUAAUAGUGAAGGAGAUCAACACAUCAAAGGACAGAAUUUUGCACUUUUAUCUGGAACAAGCAUGGCUACUCCACACAUUGCUGGAAUUGCUGCUCUAAUAAAACAGAAGCACCCUGGGUGGAGUCCUGCAGCCAUUACGUCUGCGAUGAUGACAACUGCAGAUGUAACGAAUGGCUACUCUAGUACCCCUAUUUUAGCUCAACAAACAAACCAGCUAACUCCUGCUACUCCUUUUGAUUUUGGAUCUGGGCUUGUCAAUCCAUCUCGAGCCAUUGACCCUGGACUUAUUUUUAAGGCAAGUUUUAAACACUAUGUGCUGUUUUUAUGUUCAGUUCCAGGAGUCGAUGAAAUGUCUGUAAGACGAGCAGUUGGAGUUGGAUGCCCGAGUAAGAAAAAAGCAUGGUGCUCGGAUUUAAACACGCCAAGUGUGACAAUUUCAAACUUGGUAGGCUCAAGAAAUGUGAUCAGGAGGGUGACUAAUGUCGCUGGUGUAGAUGAAACGUACCAAGUGAUCGUGCAAGAGCCUCUGGGCGUGAGUGUUACUGUAAGGCCACGAGUGUUUAACAUCAUUGCAAAGGCUUCAAAACAUAUUACCUUUGUCCUAAAUGCAACUCAAACAACCAACACUUACUCAUUUGGUGAAAUCGUGUUCCAAGGUAACCAAAACCAUACUGUUCGAGUGCCUUUGGCUGUGUUUGUAAGCAGCACUUUACAUUCAUGAUGCUCUUGUAUAUAUAUCUUCAUAAAAUAAAGUUUUGCCUUCUAGCAUACACUGUAAUCAGACUGUAAUGCAGUUUACUUAAAUAAGAGAAAAUCAUUCAGGUAA